UGUAGUAGUUUUUCUCCAGCUGGAAACUUGGUGUCAAUAGUUUCUAUGUUUAUCUGCUUGUUUUGAUGUUUUUACGUGAGUAAGUCAUUGCUGUCGUGCUUCAAACACAUUUUAGAAUUGAUAGCCUAAUUCCGGAAUGGCUACCAAUCUUGCUGUAGCUACGAAUAUACGAACAAGUAGUAAUGUUUUUGAGGGCGUGGGAUCGCGAGUUGUUCGUGGCCCCGAUUGGAAAUGGGGUAGACAAGAUGGAGGUGAAGGACAUGUUGGUACAGUAAGAUGUUUCGAAAGUGCGGAAGAAGUUGUUGUCGUCUGGGAUAAUGGAACUGCUGCCAACUAUAGAUGUAGCGGACAAUAUGAUCUUCGAAUACUAGACAGUGCCCCAUCAGGUGUCAAACAUCAUGGUACUAUGUGUGAUACAUGUCGACUUCAACCGAUCUACGGGAUUCGAUGGAAAUGUGCUGAAUGCCAUAACUAUGACCUUUGCUCUGCUUGUUACCAUGGUGACAAGCAUCACCUGAGGCAUAGGUUUUAUAGAAUCGUUUUUCCUGAUGAAGAACGAGUUUUACUUGACUCGCGUAAAAAAAGCAAGAAGAUUUGUGCUCGAGGAAUUUUUCUCGGAGCGAGAGUGGUAAGAGGAGUGGAUUGGCAAUGGGAAGACCAAGAUGGUGGGAAUGGACGCAAAGGAAAGGUAACAAAAAUACAAAACUGGACAUCACAGCAUAUGAGAAGUGCCGCUUAUGUCAUGUGGGACGUUGGAGCUAAAAAUCUUUAUCGAAUGGGUUAUGAAGGAAUGAUGGACCUAAAAGUUGUGACAGAUGCAAAGGGACCAAUGUUCUAUCGUGAUCACUUACCUUGCCUCGGUCAACUCAACGGAGCACCGGCUCAACCUGUUACAGAAUAUCAUAUUGGUGAUCAAGUAAAUAUAAAUCUUGACUUGGAAAUUGUUCAAUCAUUACAGCAUGGGCAUGGAGGAUGGACAGAGGGAAUGUUUGAGACCUUGGGUACAACAGGAAGUGUAUGUGGAAUAGAUGAAGACCAUGACAUUGUAGUUUCAUAUUCUAGUGGAAACCGAUGGACUUUCAAUCCAGCAGUAUUAACAAAAGUUGCACUCAACUCAACUGAAUCUGCUGUCAACAGAAGCGGAAGUCAUUCGGAACAAAAAUUUCAGGUUGGAGAUUUAGUUCAGAUAUCGUCAAACACCUCUCAAGUUAAAAUGUUACAAAGAGGGCAUGGUGAAUGGGCUGAAGCAAUGAUCCCUACUCUGGGGAAAAUUGGCCGCAUUCAACAAAUUUAUCAUGACGGAGAUAUAAAAAUUGAAGUAGCUGGCUCAUCAUGGACGUACAAUCCUAUAUUAUUAUCAAAAGUCGAUCAUGGUCAAGCUACAUCCGGAGAGCAUUUAUCUCAACUACUUAAGAAGCUUUUUGAGACACAUGUUUCUGGUGAUAUUAACGAAGAAUUAGUUAAAGCAGCUGCUUCUGGUGAUGUUCAGAAAUGUGAAGAAAUUUUACAAAGACCUGACGCUGAUGUGAAUGGUCAAUUUGCUGGCCACACCGCCCUGCAAGCUGCAUGUCUUAAUGGUCAAGCAGAUGUUGUGGAAUGCCUCAUACGCCACGAUGCAGACUUAGAGAUUGAGGACAAGGAUGGGGACAGAGCUAUACACCAUGUUGCCUUAGUUGAUGAAGCUGGUGUAAUUGAACUUCUAUCAAAUGAAGGUUGUGAUUUAAAUGCCAGAAACAAGCGACGACAAACAGCUUUGCAUAUAUCUGUCAACAAAGGCCAUGUCUGGGUUGUGAGAAAACUUUUGGAAUUGGGAUGUCAUGCCAGUCUUCAGGAUGCUGAAGGAGACACUCCACUUCAUGAUGCAGUCACAAAAAAGAGAGAUGACAUGCUAGGCUUCCUACUUGGCGCAAAUGCUGAUGUCACAGUAACCAACAAUAAUGGAUUCAAUGUUCUGCAUCACGCGGCUCUACGAGGAAAUCCAAGCGCAAUGAGAACGAUACUUUCAAAACUAACGCGCCCUUGGAUCGUUGACGAGAAAAAAGAUGACGGUUACACCGCCUUGCAUUUGGCCGCACUUAACAAUCAUUUAGAAGUUGCGGAACUGCUGGUUCAACUGGGCCACAGUAACUUAGAUAUUCAGAAUGUGAAUUUACAAACACCAUUGCAUUUGGCUGUGGAAAGACAACAUUCACAAAUUGUUCGGCUGUUAGUGCGGGAAGGGGCGUGCGUGACCAUUCCCGACAAAGAUGGCGACACGCCUUUACAUGAAGCUGUACGUCACCAUACACUGUGGCAACUUAGAACACUGCAAGACAAACAGGAUGCCACCAUAGGAAAGGUUCUUAUGGGGAUUGGCGUCCAGGGUUCGGACAGACAUUGCAGCGCUUCGAUUGCACAGUUUCUUGCCGCAAACAAUGCAGAUCUAAAUAUGUACAACAAAGACGGACACACGCCGCUGGAUUUGUGCCCCGACCCGAAUUUGUGCAAAGCAUUGAUUAAGGCUAGCAAUGACUUGCAUCCCAAAGUUUCCAAUACGAUAGCUGCCGAAUCUCCGAGUACAAGCCCCUCGCCCAGAGAAAACGUGCAAACUGCCACUGGAGGAGCUACAUCGUCUCCCGCCAAAAAUCCACCUUUAUUUCGGAACAAGAGUAACGUGGUUAUUUCAGCGGUUCCGACGACAGUGACUUUGACAUCGUCAGUAGAGAAUGCAAAUUUAUCCGUUAAUGAUGAAAAUUCGUUGCAUUCUUGUGGCAACGACGCAAAUAACAGAACAGCCGUUUUAAACAGAUCCUCUGGCGAAAAUCAGCAUGCAAACGUUGUUCAAAAUAUACACAGUGGGAACGAUUCACCGAUGAACAACGCGCAAAACAACAAUUACGUUAGAGAGUGUGAUGUCCCGGGUACAUCCGGAAUAAAUUCUCUUACGGCACAGUCUAAUACGACAUCACAGCCAAAGCAAGAGCGAAGUAACAAUGCAAGAAAAAGCGAACUUGAAGAGUGUAUGAUUUGCUCCGAUGCACUGCGGGACACACUGCUGGAGCCUUGUGGUCACGUUGUAGCUUGUCAUAGCUGCUCCGCGAGACUGAAGAAAUGCUUAAUUUGUAAAGAAACUGUGAAAGCUAGAGUCAAGGUGGACGAGUGCAUUGUCUGUUCUGAUAAAGUUUCAUCCGUACUAUUUCGACCGUGUGGACAUAUGUGUGCCUGUCCAAGCUGUGCUAAUUUAAUGAAGAAAUGCGUACAAUGUAGAGAACCGAUUGAAAGACGAAUUUCGUUCGAAGUUUGCUGCGGUGCAAAACCCAGACCGAAUAAAUUACAAUCUCCGCAAACGAUGACACAAAAUACAUUGAUAGCCUCACACAACAAUUCCCCACUUGUUGUGUCUAAAGCUUCAUCAAUAUCGCCCACAAAUUUACCUUUGUCGACCAAUAUGUCCGCGUGUUCUCCACAUGGGUCAUUGGUAUCGCCGUUCGGAGGACAGCGACGUCAAAACAUGGCGAACGACCUGUCAAAGGACAGUAGAAAUAGCGAAGCGGAGAUAAGGAAACUACAAACCCAGUUACAAGAUAUAAAAGAACAGGUUCUUUGUCCAGUAUGUCUAGAUCGAAUCAAAAAUAUUGUUUUUCUGUGUGGGCAUGGUGCUUGUCAAUUAUGUGGCGACAGAAUGACGGAGUGUCCUAUAUGUCGAAAACCUGUCGAAAAAAGGAUCUUGCUGUAUUAGUGUAGAUUUCUUAUAUUCAAUUGUUGAUAUCCCGAAAAAGUGUUUUUGUAGUACCAACAAAAACAGUUGUUUCUUUGUCGGCGGCAGUAUCUGAAUAAAUUAUAUGUAUUUUCAUGUCUUUCA